AUGGGUACCCGGGUUCCCGCCAAUUCAUGCAUUUGGGACAGCAAGCCAUUUGCCCUACAUACUGUAGCAACUGCCGCACUGCUGAACGACUGGGCUACGCGCGACUUCAUCAUCCCAGAGAGUCGGCUUACUCGUCCGACAGAGGACCUAGCGCAGCGCGAGCUCCAAGAACGACCUCUUUUGUUGCUGUUUCGAUUUGUUCGCCUUCGCACGUGCUUCAUGGCAGACUCACGGGGUGAUGGCGGGCGCGAAUUGGUGGAGGUUCCGCUAACUGCUUUCGUCGUUGGUCAGAUUGUGGCGUAUUGUAGAACCGAUGACUUCACGUUUUCGGCACAAGAUGGAACGCAACUCAGCCUGUCUUGCCGUUUUGUUUGCGUCGUUGCUCUUCGACAGCCUACGGAGGCUCAGGCUAUUCAUGUGGCAGUUCCAUGUGAAGUUGCGUGGACUUCUCUCAUAUCGCGUGACGAAUUCGUGGUGGGGUGGUGCCACGGGGUGCCCUCAAACUCCAGACCUUCUCGCCGUACAGAACGGUUUCGCGCUCGCUGGACUGAGUUUGAAUUACCGGACGUGCCGAAUGAGCAGCUAGAGCGACUAUUGUAUGAAACUUUUGUACCUGCUGGAUCAGAUACGAGUGUUGACUUUGGAACUGUUCCUAUUGACGUUGUGUCGGAAUUUGGUCGCAUCUUGUCAGUGAAACCCCUCGACUACGCGCGCUUACGAAUUGAUUCAUCGCACAGUUCGGGGCCAUCAGUGACUGGCGACGAGAUUGACACGGAUGAUUCAGCAGCAGUGCUGAUUGCGGGGUUGCAACGGGGUCGAUCUCUGAACCAUGGCGUACCUCCGGUAGUUUGUUGUCGCAGCGUUCCGACACUGGUUCUUCGUGGUAGUAGAAGUUGGUUGCCAGCCUCUUGUGAUGUCCAAGAAAGUGGGCCACACCCGUCUACAGCGAUACAACCUAGAGUGGCCACUACUUUGGGGACAACCUCGAGACCGUCCGACACGGUUGUGGCAGCUCCGCAACCAGUCUCCACGAACGAGUCGAACGCCACAUUGGCUGCAAUCUUGGCAUUGACCCAGACAACAAGUCGUAUCUUCACAAUCGGAAACGCAACAGCUACUGCGCGAGCAAUUAAAUGGGGUCGUAGUCCAACUCGCAGAUCCCGAUCGCCUCGCCAUUUUGAACGGAGCCGCAGUCGAGACCGGUUUCGCAGCCGCGAGCCUGUUUCCCGCCGACCUUCGGAGUACGACGCACGUCACCAUCACCGCAGGAGCAGGGAGCGCAGCCGCAGUUGGUCUCGGAGUCCAAGUAAUAAUGACCGCAGAGGUUAUCAGCGAGACACUCCACGAGACGAUCGUCGCCGCGCUCCUCCGGUACCGCACGCGCCAAUGGUGUCACCAAGGACGUUCAACAUUGACCGGUCCCCAAACGCAAACUACCACACAGUUCGAGCUGAGAAUACAACAGCCCGAUCCUCGGGGUCGGCGCGGCAGAUCUACUGCGACAGCCCCCGUGACAACACGGCGGCUUUAUCACGUGCAGCAUCACGCUGGAAUGAUGGCAACCGAGCGACCUACGGCCAUGACACUCCUCACGGCUACGAACCGAACCGUGGUGACAGCACUCCAUCGGUUCGGUCCAGCAACGACCGACUACAACAAACAUUUGAUGCUUUGAUGACUGGAGCUACUUCGUUUCGACCCCCUGCUGCUGAAUUACAAGUGCACCAAGUUGCUCGUGUAGGUCCACGUCCUGAAGGUAGGUUUGAUGAUGAAGGUUUGCGCUCCUUUUGGAAUAUGUCUGUCCUGGACCGUGUUUCGGAAAUUUUACACCAAGAACGACUUCGCAACUGCUACCGAGUGACUAAGGUCACGGCUAAGAUGAAUUUUGCCGUCAGCUUCGGCACUCGGCCAUUGGAUCACUUUCUUCCCCCGCCAUUUCUGGGUGACGGGCGGCGGUCCGUGACGAACGACUCGACCACAUGGUCAUCGGGAGACACUCAGCCGGCGGUCCUGAUUCGUUCCAUGGAUGACCUGCGAGCAACGCUGCAAUGCAUUGAAGAGACAGCAUAUCUUUGGUACCCGCGCGUGGUGGCGGAUGUUUUUCGGGCCGUUCACGGCGACUCUCGAGCUAAGGCCAAUUCGAUAAUGAAGCGGACGUCUCCUGAGUCAUACAUAGACCAAGCUGUCAUUUCAACACUCUCACAUGCUCAGCCGCGUACGGCGAACCAGCAAAACCGAGACUUCUCGCGCAACCACGGCCGACAGGGGAAAGCGGCAGCAAAGCCAGUUGCAAAACAAUCGAUGCUACCUGAUUCGGUCAAUGGUCAAGUUCCUGUCCACCAAGGUCGACAAGUAUGUUUACGGUUUCAGUCCAAGAAAGGGUGUGAUUUUGAUCCAUGCAAGCACGCACACGUACUGGUGGCGCUUCCGGCCAUUGUGGCAUCAUUUGUCAAUGAAAAAUAUGGCGAAUUGCGCAGGGAUCAUCCAGACUUAAGGAAGUGA